AUGAUUAUCUACGAAGCACUAGCAAGUAAAACGACUAUCUACAAAGCACUAUCAAGGACAUUAAUCGUUUUAUUCCAGAUAAAACUUCUUCAAAACUUUUAUGGUUGCAAGUUAACAUGGUUUUCUUAUUACGGCUCGGGGCGAUAUUUACAUAGUUACGGACUACGGCUCAUUACCAAACAGAGAAAGAAAAUAAACAUUAUCUUCUCCCUCCUUCCCUCUCUAUGUUUCUUUUACUCCGUCCGCACCUCUACUACACUCUCUGAACACUUUCGUUAUAUCUCUCGCUCUCUUUUAUCACAUCUCUCCUCCCCUUACAUAUUUAUAACCUCUCACUUUUCUUUCCUCCUUCUUUAUCUCCUUUUUCUCUCUUUUGCCGCAUCUCUCUUUUCCUCCCUCCUUUUUAUCUUCUCUCUUUCUCUUCCACCUUUGUGCUUUACCUUCUCUCUCUCUUUCUCCCUCAUUUAUCACCAAUCUCUUCCUUCCUCUUUUUAUUACUUCUCUCUCUCUUUUUUCUUCCUUCUUUAUCACCCUCUCUCUUCCUCCCUCCUUCUUUAUCACCUCUUUCUCCCACUUCUUUAUCACGCUUCUCUCUCUCUUUCUCCCUCCUUCUUAUCACCUCUCUCUCUUCCUCCCAUAUAUCAACCCUCUCUCUCUUCCUCUCUCCUUAUUUAUCACUUAUCUCAUUCAUCCCCCUUUUUUAUCACCUCUUUCUCUUACUAUCCCUUCUUUAUCACCUCUCUCUAUCUCUUCUUCCUCCUCCUUUACCACCUCUCUCUCUCUUCUUCAGCCAUCAGUCUGCCAACAAACAUCAUCUAUUAUAUAAAACACAAUGUUACUGCAUUUAUCAGUCAAGCGACCUUAUCCCCACUUCUUAUUAAUGGAAUACGCCGUUCUUAUCUGGGUUGUGUUUUCGGGAUUCGUCUGUUCGUUGUCGUGAAUUUUAGGCUGUUUUCAGCAACUUUCUUCUUUCUUUGUCUCGUGUACUCUUCCAGUCCUUUGACUGAUAAGUCAACGCAAUGCUCAAAAUUGACGAGUUUUCUUUUCUAUUUUCUUCUAUCAUGCAGCAUGUCGAUAUCUUGA